GUGCGGAAGUAAAGUUGUGAUUUCGGGAAAACGUAAGUGAACAUUUGUUUUUGACGGGUGGAAAACAUUGGAAAAUAGCUAACCUAUAGAAUACAUUAUGGAUGACGAGGAGGAGACCUACAGACUAGGGAAAAUCAGCAAAACAAUCAUGCAGUUGUGCCACGACAGAGGCUACCUUGUGACGCAGGAUGAGUUGGACCAGACUCUGGACGAGUUCAAGAGCCAGUUUGGGGACAAGCCGAGUGAAGGGCGCCCACGGCGGACAGAUCUCACUGUGCUGGUCGCCCACAACGAUGACCCGACCGACCAGAUGUUCGUCUUCUUUCCAGAGGAGCCCAAGGUGGGAAUCAAGACUAUAAAGAUGUACUGCCAGCGCAUGCAGGAGGAGAAUAUCACACGUGCCUGCAUCGUGGUCCAGAUGGGGAUGACGCCUUCUGCCAAACAGUCGCUAGUGGACAUGGCACCCAAAUACAUCCUGGAGCAGUUUCUACAACAGGGGCUCCUCAUCAACAUCACAGAGCAUGAGCUGGUUCCUGAGCACAUAGUGAUGACAAAAGAACUGUCAGAGUUGCUGCUUCGAUAUAAACUGAAGGAGAGCCAGCUACCCAGGAUUCAAGCAGGAGACCCUGUGGCCAGAUACUUUGGACUGAAAAGAGGACAGGUAGUGAAGAUCAUCAGACCUAGUGAGACUGCUGGUAGAUACAUCACCUACAGACUGGUGCAGUAAACACACACCAGCUCUAUUAUGGACCAGAAGGAGUAUGAGAUCUGAUGAUUGCGGACAGGGAAUGACUGAAGAUGUUUCAUAUGAAGAAGAAAGAACAUGCUCUCAUCACUUUGUCUCCCAAUAACUUUUGUGAAUAAGUUGACUUGCUUACCUUUUGGCACUACUAGUUUUUAUCAAUGUGCUUGAGGUGAUAACCUCUGCAUUUGUUGUUUUUUCUUUUUAAAUAAGCAUUUUUAAUUUCAACGGGCAAAUGAUUUAUUUCAGAAGAACUGUUUUUAAUGUCAAAGAGCAAGGCAAGGUCUUUUCACAUUUGAAAAGAUGUCCCACAUAACUGAUUGAAGUUGAAUGCACACUGAACAUUUGUGUUCAUUAUUACCGUGACUGCAGUUACUGUGUUGCAAAACAGUCAAAUCUCAGCAACAAUCAUUGGGAGUCAAACAUUUGCGUAGUGCUUGACGUUUGAAUUUUAUGUCACCAAGGAUAUACAACAAAUCAUGUUAGAACUGUAACAAUAUAUACAUAUCUCUCGAUGACUAGCAUACCAACCAGCAGCAGUGCUGAAGUAGUGGUGUGAGUACACAGGAGUAUAGACAUACCAUAUGAAUACACCAUACAAGGGGUAUACAGAGAGAAUACAACAAGAGGAAAUUGCAGGCACAAAAACACUGAAUCUCACAUUCCUUCCUGGUAUCUCACCAGGUAAUUAAAACAAUAAAAAUAGCUUUGUGCAGCAUUUUGGCAAAACUGGUUUAGAAAAUCAUACCUCAAGUCAUGCAAUGAAAUGAACACGUUCACACAACAGCAAUAUGAUAUUCUGCUAUCUAGUCAGUGUACUAACUCUUUCAUCAGUAGUCAACGCAUUAAAACAGUAAGUUGGAACCACGUUCACACAACAGCAAUAUGAUAUUCUGCUAUCUAGUCAGUGUACUAACUCUUUCAUCAGUAGUCAACGCAUUAAAACAGUAAGUUGGAACCACUUUCAUUUCAACUGCAAUUUCCCAAAUGAAUUCAAAUUUGUAGAUUUUACUAAAGUACUUUUUCAUUUGAAAACCAUUCCAUUUUUCCCAGAAGUUCUUUGUUGAAGAGUUCAGGUCCAGAGAGGGUCAGUGGGUGCUGCGGCUGAGGGUUCCUCCUCGGUCUAAUUCCACUGGUCUCUCAGUGUGGUUAUCUGGCGUCUCACCCCCGUCGUGUUUUAAGUCUGUCUUGUUUCCCUAGUCUCUCCCCUGGACUCCUCCCCCACCCCCACAGUCUCUCCCCUCCUCCCCUCCACCGUCCUAAGAGAAACACACAGGAGAAAUGGUUGAAUGUGAUAAACAAUAGUGUGUAUGAAUGUAUGCCCAAGUGGCGCAGCGGUCUAAGGCACUGCAUCUCAGUGCUGGAGGCGUCACUACAGACACCCUGGUUCGAAUCCAGUCUGUAUCACAACUGGCUGUGAUUGGGAGUCCCAUAGGGCGGUGCACAAUUGGCCCAGCGUUAUCUGGGUUUGGCUGGUGUAGGCCGUCAUUGUAAAUAAGAAUUUGUUCUUAACUGACUUGCCUUGUUAAAUAAAAAAAAUGUAUAUAUAUUUUUAAA